UCGUUGCCAUCAUAUUGACCAGAUGGAAUUACCGAUUUAUUUUUGUUUGUUUACUUGGUAAUAGUGAAAUAUGUAGACUGACAUUACUGGUCACACGUUUAACAAAUUAAUUGUCUACGAUAAACAAAAUCGACAGUUUGAGCGUGAAAAUAAUAAUACACGUCAUUACAGCUUGCAAAGUUACUUCCUGCCAGCCAAACCAUUUGUGAAACUCGAGUUUGACCCCAGAAGAUUGGCAUUGCCUAAUCAUGUUUAAUGGAUGUGUAACAGUUCGACAUUCUUGGAGGAAUAUUAAUGUGCUAAGAUGAAAUUUUUUUAUCAUCUAGAACCUUGGACUAAUUUAUGUAGGCAAUAUGGAUCAUGUCUUGACAAGUAUUUUGGUUCAAGUUAGAUUAGCUUAAAAGUAGGAAUGUUUAAAUUAAAGGUAUUCUGACAACAGGUUCACAUUUUUUCAGUAUUGUGAAUUAUUGGUAUGUGUUCUUAACUUUUGGCAAAUUUUACCUGUAUAUGUUAAGACAGUUGCACUAUGGGUAAUAUAUUUCAACGUAAUAGCCACACUGGACCAAACUUUCGGAUUGUUGUACCAAAUCACACGGUGCCAGAUGAUAUUCCAAUUAACAAAAAAAAUCAUCCAAACUAUGGCUAUUGUACAAACAAUAUUAAAACUACUAAAUAUACCAUCUUGACAUUUUUACCAAAAAAUCUCUUUGAACAGUUUCAUAGAUUUGCCAAUCUUUAUUUUAUAUUUGUGGUUUGUUUGAACUGGGUGCCAGAAGUUCAAGCAUUUGGCAAAGAAAUUGCUAUGGUACCAGUGGUUUUUGUGCUGCUAGUCACAGCAGUUAAAGAUGCUUAUGAAGACUUUAGGAGAUAUCGUUCCGACAACAAAAUCAACAACCAGACAUGUCGGAUAUUUUGUAGGAAGGAAAAAAGAUACAUCAGAACCAUUUUUUCCAAAGUUUAUGCAGGAGAUUUUAUCCAUCUCUCCUGCAAUGAAGAAAUACCAGCGGAUAUUUUGUUGUUGAAGACAAGCGACUCCAUGGGCAUGUGUCAUAUUGAGACAUCUAAUCUUGAUGGGGAAAACAACCUCAAGCAACGGCAAAUUAUUUCUUGUUUGCAAGAUCAUCAAGAAGACUUUGAGGCAAGCAAGUUUACACACAAACUGCAGGUCGAAUUGCCAAAUUCAGAAAUCUACAAAUUCCGAGGCCAAAUAGUUCAAGAAAAUGAUGAAAAGAUUGCUUUAAACUAUGACAACCUGCUGCUUCGUGGAUGUAUCAUCAGGAACACCGACUAUGUAGAGGGAAUAGUCAUAUAUGCUGGCCAUGAGACGAAGGCGAUGUUGAAUAACCGUGGCCCACGCUACAAGAGGAGUAAGCUGGAGCACAAGUUGAACCGAGAUGUUAUCUGGUGUGUCAUCCUGCUACUCUUCCUCUGUUUUUUCUGUGCCAUAGGUAGUGGAAUUUGGUUGUCUGAAUAUGACCUGGUGGGCGAAAAUACCAAUCUAGUCCCAUUUAUAUCAUUUGGUGAUUUGGACCAGUACAGCCCACUGUAUCAGGGCUUCAUCGUGUUCUGGACUUACAUCAUCAUAUUUCAGGCUGUGAUACCCCUGCCCUUGUACGUCUCAGUUGAGCUGGUCAAACUCGGGCAGAUCUAUUUCAUAAACCAGGAUUUGGAAUUAUACCAUGAAGAGUCUGACCGGCGCAUCGAGUGCCGUGCCCUCAACAUUACAGAGGAUCUCGGGCAAGUCCAGUACAUAUUUUCUGACAAGACCGGAACACUGACAGAAAACAAGAUGGAGUUCAAGAGUUGCUCCAUUGGUGGAGUUGACUAUCCUCAUCUACCAGAUGAAAGUGACUCUGAGAACAGCUACCUGGACAGUCGAAACUCUAUGGCUUCCAUGAGCAGAUGUAGUUCUAUGCAAGAAAACCUCAACUUGGAGCCGGCACUCCAGCGUGAAAUGUCCAACAUGUGUUUGCGAAGUCUCGAUAGCGUCGAGCUUGUCAUUCCAGAACACGUGAAGCGCGUACAAGAAUUCUUUUUGCUCAUGACUGUCUGCAACACAGUGGUAGUGACCCAUCAUGAACACAAGGAUAAGAUGGAUGCUAGUGGUUUCGUGGAAGGUGAAGACAAAGGUAGAAUCAAUCCACCAGUUGGUUUUGUCCAUGAGCGUUACAGGCGUUUGUCUGAGUCACCAAGCAGCACUCCUUCUUCAAGAUUCCGAGUCCGAUCGUCAACUGUUUCGCUGAACCCGAGUGACAAUUGCGAGACGCAAUCCGAGGGUAGCAUUUCUAGCUCAUGCCUGUCUGAUGUCUCAUUUAACAUGCGAUACGAAGCAGAAAGUCCCGAUGAGCUGGCUCUUGUCAAAGCAGCCAGUGCUUAUGGGUGCCGUCUGUGGCAGAGAUCACCAGAAAAAGUGGCGGUAUAUUUACCAGCUGAAGGAAGAGUGGACUUUGAAGUCUUAAAGAUCCUUCAAUUUGACACAAUCCGUAAACGCAUGUCUGUGAUACUCAAGCAUCCCAGAUCAGGGGAAAUCACUCUGUAUACAAAGGGAGCCGAUUCAUCUAUACUAAGUAUCCUAAAUAGAAAUUGCAGAUUUGGUGAAAAUAAAUUGCAGAAAGAUAAAACGGUGGAACAUUUGACAAGCUAUGCCAUGAAAGGUUUGCGGACAUUGUGUAUGGCAAAGAGGGUGCUGUCAGAGAAGGAAUAUCUCCACUGGGUGAAGGGACACAGAGAAGCAGAAGCCUCCAUAGAUGACCGUGAAAAGUUGAUCAUGGAAUCAGUGUGCAGGAUUGAAUACGAUUUGGAAUUACUCGGAGCGACUGGUAUUGAGGACAAGCUACAGGAAGGCGUGCCAGAAGCCAUUGCAACACUGCGCGAGGCGGGCAUCAACAUCUGGGUCCUGACGGGAGACAAGCAGGAGACUGCUAUCCAGAUAGCAUACGCCUCGCACCUCAUUGAUGAAAAGCAGGAGCUGAUCAUUCUAAACGCCAACAAUGAGGAACAAGCCAAGUCUCUGAUAGAGCACCACAUUGAUCAGAUCGCGAAGGACAGAAGCAACGCCACUUACGCGUUGAUCAUAGACGGGAAAACUCUCGCCUUUGCCUUGCACCAGAACCUGGAGACGCAGUUCCUCGUGCUCAGUCAGAAGUGUAAUUCUGUGAUGUGUUGUCGAGCUACGCCAAUACAGAAGGGUAAUGUUGUUAAAAUGGUUCGGGACCAUUUGAAGAAGUUGACUCUAGCUAUUGGUGACGGGGCCAACGAUGUGAGCAUGAUCCAGACAGCAGACAUUGGUGUUGGAAUAUCUGGUCAGGAGGGGAUGCAGGCAGUGAUGUCAUCAGACUUCGCCAUUGCUCGAUUCAAGUUCCUUGUACGUCUGCUGCUCGUGCACGGGCACUGGAGCUAUGACCGGCUAGGGAAGUUUGCAGCUUACAUGUUCUACAAAAGCUUGGGUUCCGUAUUUGUCAUCUUCUGGUACCAGCUGUUCAGCGGUUUCUCGGGCUCGCUUCAGAUAGAUUCCAUCUAUCUCCUACUGCAACACGUCUUGUUCACAUCGUUACCACCUCUCAUUAACGGCGUCUUCGACAAGGACAUAGACGCAGACAUUCUCCUAGCCAAACCACACCUGUACAAAACAGGAAUACGAGAUGAGAUGUAUACACAGUGGACAUUUCUAGUUUCAACUCUAGAUGGAAUGUAUCAGAGUUGUAUUAUAUACUUCAUUCCUCAUUUGGCCUACUCUGGUCACACGGCUGGGAUCUGGGAGAUGGGCAGUACUAUGUGUACCUGCAUGAUUCUCACUCAGUUACUUCACAUGGGUCUCGAGACCACGUCCUGGAUCUGGUUGCAGUGGGUCACACUAGUUUUGAGCUUUCUUUUCUUCUGGAUAUUCGCUAUUAUAUCCAACCUGUUUUUCUUCACGUGGGACCAUCCGUCCAACCCAUACUGGGUCAUGGAGAACACUAUAUCUCAGCCCAUACAUUCCUGUACAGUCAUCCUAACAUGUGUUUUAGCACUUUUACCAAGAUUUUCCUUGCGUGCCCUCCAAGGCACCCUCUUCCCCAGUGAGAUUCUCCGAGAAAAGCAGUUAAACAAGGAGACCACCAUGGAAAACGAUCCGAUAGGAACAGUGAGUGGCAUUGUUGAAGAGCAGCAGAAUGGAAAUAUCACAUCACAGAAGCAGAACGGUGUGGAUCACGUCAAGAUCCGACACCAGAACCCAUCCUUCGAGAGAUCUGUCAGAACAUAGGUUGUGAAUUUAUACCUGUUUGUGUGUGUGUGUGUGUGUGUGUGUGUGUGUGUGUUCUUGUCCUCAUUCUUGUGAGGUGCUAUGAUUCACAGUAACGCAACCAUUAUCGUCUCGUCCCAGAAACAGUGCUUUCUCUUGUUGGAAGUCUCCACACAAAACUGGAUGAAUACUUUGUGACAAAUCUGUUAUUGGCAGUGUUCACAUGUAUAUAUCAUGUACGUAUAUAUGUUUUUUUUUUGUGCAAGUAUUUUGUUUUAAAUAUUUGGUGAUAUUUUGAUCAAGUGUCACAAAUUUAGGGUUUUGAUUGUUUUUUGUGUGUGUUAUAUAUGUGUUAUAUAUGGCUUGGCAUUAUAGGCAUAUUUGUUAUCUUCUUUUAACUUACAUAGUUUAGGAACAUAUAAUAAUAAUUAUGAGUGAAUGAUUUCCUUUUUGUCUAGAAUAUAUACGCAAAGCCAUCCGAAAUAGAAAUGUACAAUACUUAAAGCCUUAAACAUUGUGAUGAGGAGAUUAAAAUGUAUACAUAUGAUUCUAAACUUACGCAGUUUGAACUUCUAUCCAUCCAAAUUAUUUUCUUUCUGUGUGAAAUAUAUUGACUGAAAGUCUGCCAGAGUAGACAUAUAGUAUGAAGUAAACAUAGUGUAAUGGUAUUAAAUAAAAGUAGUAGCAUAUGUUUGACACAUGUGGACAUCAACUUUCAGAUUGUGCUAAUACAUAAAUAAAACUAGUGACAUCUGUUUACAUUUGGUACAUCUGUACACCACAACAAAUAAUUACAAAGGUCACUGGCCCUGUCUUUUCUGUAGAUCUAUGUGAAUAGGUUUAUAGGCUUAAGGUAUUCCAUACUAAAGCAUUGCAUUGGCAGUACAUCAGCAGUUUGUUGGAACCCAACACACCGUUUUAGAAAAUAGAUUAUAGCAAAUGAUAUGUUAAGUUUUUAAGAUUGGUCUAAGUCUGUUGAAACUGUGGAGUCUGUCAUGGGGAAAUCUUUGUUAAUUUUAUUAACAAAGAAUUUAAAAGCCUAUGACUCAUAAUGACGGGCUAUAGAGUUCCCUGAUUGAAUGUCAUAGUGCACAGGUGCUUCUGGUGAUGUUCCAAUUAUUGAUUAUAAUCAAACAUUUAUUGGUUUGGUUCUACUGAUAUGAUCGAUUAGGAAAUCCAUAAUCGAUUGCUGCAGUAAAUGUUAACUGUAAUUAUUCCUUCAGUCGAGAUUAUGAAGUACAUGUGAAAUAAGGUGGGGUUGGGGGUCGAGCGAAUUUGGAAUUGUCGGCCUUAUUCACCAUUAAGGUUGACGACAGUCACUCUUCGCACCCUUGUUUUGGCUUCAUAAACAAUAAAUAUAACAUAUUUUACCGUAGGGGAGCAAUUAAGCAUUGAUGUAAAAAAUAAUUCACAGGGAGGUUUGGGGUCAUCUGUAAAUAACCAUGGUUUAAAAUGUGCUGAGGUGUCGUUAAAUGACUAUUUUACAUUGGUUUUUAAUGUAACAGUAUCACUAGGCUUAAAAUUGUGUAUGGCAGUCUCCACAGUAGAAGAUUAUUAAUGUUUGACAAUGCACAUUUAAUAAAGAGUACUUGGUCUGUUAAUUAGAUUACUUGCAGAGGUCUGGUAAAUCCAGCACCUUGAAGGUCAUGAUGUAAAUAAGAAAACCCACAAGCCUUAGUGAAUGCAACAAAAUGUAAGGUCACAUUACCAGGUACUUUCAUCAUAUCCCUGGAACAUUGUAAAUCCAUUAAUAAAUAUCUUGCACCCAUUUCAUAUAUAUAUUUUUUUAUAUUUUGUCUCGGUUCAUUUUGUGACUGCUGUACAUGUACCAAAUGCAGCCGAUUUUAAAUUGAAAUAUCAACUGAACAUCUUCAUAUCAGUCUAUAUGCAUAUCAAAACUCCUCUACAACAAUGAAAACCUUUUUGAUUAAAAUAAUAGCAAUAUAAGUAAAGGUAACUAGAAAUAAUUUAGUAUGAAUGUAAACAUACAUUGUAUGAAAUGCUAAAUGAUCUCCUGUUAACUCUUGUGAUACAUAAAUCAAUACAAUAUGCAAACUUUUAUGUAAUAUGUUAUGCAAUUUGUUUUUUUAAAUUAGAAGUAUAGAGGAACAUCAACCAUUGUUUUUAAUCAUGAGAUACUAGGGAGGUGGUGAUUCCUGUAGUGUACAUGCACAUUAUUGUUCAGUUCGUUUUUAUUGAUGAGAUUCAUGAAAUAGUUUACAAUUGACGUACAUAAAUAUAUUGAUUCCAUACGUACUUACAAUGUAAACAACUACUAAAUGGCAUGUUUAAAUUACAUUUUACACAUUUGGAGAAAGGUAACUUUUAAAAAGUACCCUUAAAUAGAGAGAAGAUAUUUAUGAUGCAUAACACAUUUCUGAUUUCUACAUGUUCGUGCUCAUGUAAGCAUAUAUGUAUUAAUAACACUGUUUAGUGAUAUUUUGUGGUUAUGUAACUGCAUACAAAAAAUAAUAAAACCCAAUUAUUUUAUUUUGUGUUUACAGUAUUAAUGCUAAAAAAUAUUUAUUUCUUACCUGUAUACAGAAAUUUUACCUUUGGUUCUUGUUUUCAAAUAGUUUGUAAUUUUUUCCAUGCCAUUAACCAGAAGCAAAAUUUGUUGUUGUGUGUGUUGUAUACUUGUACUAAUUACGAUUGCUGAGUUAUAAUUUGGUCAUUGGUUAUUUUUUAAUUAAUGCUGCCAUGUACUAAAACCAGGUUUUUUGUUUUGUUGUUAUUUUUGUGUUUGUUUUGUAGUUUCUGUAAAUCAUGCUGAAGUUCAUAAAUUAUUAUGCAACAUUUUUGCCUUGUAAAUGUUUGGCCAGUCAGGUCCAUUUAAAACUGUGAUCUUGCUAAAUGAAAUCGGAAUAUUUUGUAUUGGUAAAUAUGCAAAACUGUUGCCUUUUGGUCGAGUAUAUAUAUAUAUAUAUAUAUAUAUAUAUAUAUAUAUAUAUAUAUAUAUAUAUAUAUAUAUACCUUCAGUCUCUUGGUUAAGCCCGUCUAGUGGCACCCAUUGAAAACUGUGAUCCUUUUGAAAUCUGAAGAUUUUGUACUGAUAAAUAUGCUGUACUGCUGACUUGUAAAUAUUUGGCCAAGUGUAAACCUUCAGUGCUCUUGUUUAAGCCUCUACAGUGAGAUUCUGCAAGAGGUCAUAAAGCUUACUCUAUGAAAUCUGGUAAAAGCAUCCAUGCAGGGUGAAAUGAAUGUAACGAGCUGUUACAGAUAUCACAGAGAAUUGAGUCCUGUAGCCAUGCAGAUUUCAUACUGCACAUUACUUACAGUAGCUUAGGAAAUUUUUGAAAUUGGCAGUAUUUUCUUGAAAAAUGAGACUGUGUUUUAAAACACCCCUUGAAUCUGAUGGUGCAGGCUUUGUGACCAUUUCUGCUUCUCAGGGCUACAAAAAACCCAACACAAACUGCUUGUUUCUGACAGACAAUAUAAUCAAAAUGAUUAAUUAAUGGUACGUCAGAGAUUUAUUUUAAAAACACAAUAUUUGAAUGAUAUUUUAUUGCUACAUGUGUAUGUUGAUUGUUCUUUGUAUUUUCGACAUUGUCUUGCUGAUUGUUCAUCUGUUCAUCGGUGGAUAACAAAACUUUUAAGCUUCAACUAAGCAGUAUUAAAAAAAAAAAAUUGUGUUUUGCAGCUGAUUGUUUAAAUCUCAAAUGCUUGUGAUGACUGUUUGUAAUGGUCAAAAGUGGCAAGGGGUAAUUUACGACAAAAACAGCAUACCAGCUUACCCAGUACUGAUUAAGAUACAUGUAUAGCAAGUUGGGAGCUAUUUGGUGUAGCAUGUAAUGAGCAGGGAAUUAUGGGUACCGAAAAGUUGUGUUUUUUUCUUUAAAAAUUACCUCUAUUAAAUUUAGCAACUGGUUUAUUAGAUUGCUGAUAGAGUAAGUCCAACCAUGUCAACAGUCUAAUACAGGCUUAAAGACGAAGCAGGGAAUUAAAAAAAAAAUUGGUUGGUUACUUUAUUUAUUUAUUAAUUAUUAAAUUGUGUUCAUUAGAUCUGACUGCUCACGUGAACUGUUCAUCUUACUACAUACUUAAGAUUUCAUUUCGUUUAUUCAUGCUUAUAUCCCAUUAAGGUUCAAGCAUGCUAUCCUGGGUGUAUAGUGCUGACUGGACUUUCUUCUCAUGACACUGAACACCACAGACAAUGCACCAAUUACAUUUGGAGAAAAAACAACAUUUAACUGAUUUUACAUAACUAGAUGUAUUCUGGUAGGCAAUAAUUAACCCCAAAACUGUACACCAGGGUUAAGGUUAGGGUGUGUUUUAUAGCAACCUCAAUCAUGCGAUAUCAAUAACUGAAAAUUGGCUUGUGCCUUUCAAUGAAGUUCAGUACAUGUGUAUGUCACAUUGAGCUUUCUAAUCAUAGUAAUAUUUGUCUCAACUAUAGUGCCUAGGAAACUUGAGGCCAGUCAUUCAUAUCAACUAUAAUUCUUUGAUUCAAAACUUUUUAUUACAUAUAUACAUAUAAAAAAAGGAUAGAAUAAAAAAAAAAAUCAAUUUACAAGGCCCUCCCUACUUACAUUGAAUUAAUUAAUUAAUGUUUAAUGACACUCCAGCACAAAGAAUAUAUUGGCUAUUGGGUGUCAGAUUCCUACUUACAUGUACAUACUGUAUAUCAAACAAACUAAAUCUGACUAAAACAAAUAUUUUUUAAGUAAAGCGAGUCAUUUUAACAUGGUAUAUGCAUUUUUCAGUAUUGUAAUUCCUGUGAUAUAGUUUCCUACACGUUAGAGAAUUAAUACAGUUAUAGAGUUAUUGAUAUGUUAAUUUGGGGGGGGGGGUAAAAAUAUUUUCAAAAAAGUUGUCUUAUUUUAUUUGUCCCACUUCUUUUGGGUAUUGCAUCUCUUAUUAAUAAAAAAAAAACCCACACCUUUUAUUACAAUUUAAUUCACUUGGGGAAGGAAAAAAAGAGCGAAAGAAGCAAGUAUAUUGGGUAAAGAUCUAGUCACAAAUACAGGAUCACAGUGGUAUGUUUAAUAUCCAGUAUCGGGAUAUUUGAAAAAAAAGUAAAUGAAGCAAGUAUAUUAGGUAAAGAGUCACAAAUACAGGAUCACAAUGUUAAGUUUAAUAUUGGGAUAUUUGACAAAUACACAGGGUCACAAUGUUAAGUUUAAUAUUGGGAUAUUUGACAAAUACACCGGGUCACAAUGGUAAGUUUAAUGUUGGGAUAUUUGACAAUGUUCACAUCAAUUUUGUUUUCUGGUUUUUUCUUUCUUUGUGUAUUUUUGUUCUACUGCAGAUUUAAUGUCUCAUUUAUAAUAUGCAUAUCAAAACCUAUUUUAAAAAUCAUGUAUAUUUUUUUGAAUGUUAGAUUUAAAUUAUUUAUUUGAUGAGAUGUUUGUAUGUUUUGUUUUAAUCUCCAUCGACUAUAGUACCUGUCAAUAUGUACGUGUAUAUAUAUAUAUUGUAUUAUAUAUAACUAUUUUUGUUAUAGCCGUGAAUUAUCUAUUGAUAUAAUGUAAGAUUCAAUAGCUGAUGUGAUAAUAUGUUCAGUUUAAAAUGUUUAUAUAUCUAACAAACAAAAAAUUCAUAAAUUAUCAUUUCUGUAUAGUGAUGGUUUAUAAAACUGAAUUUGAUUUGUUGUUUAGAUGCGUUAUGUUUGUGGGCCUUUUUCUUUUGUUUUCAUAACACAGGUUUAAAAUAAUGGAACAGUUGGUACAAUAUGUUCUAGAAUGUCUCCAACAGCAUCUUCAAUUACAAAACCAUCACUGUAAGCAUGUGUUUAGACUUCUGAAUAGCAUGCAGCCUUCUGGUACCACAGAUGAAAGUUGUCCAGAUUUAUCUACAAAUCCAAAUUUGUAAUCAUCUGUACAGUGUUCUCGAGUUUCCACUAUUCGUCCAGAUUUUCCAUUUUCUCCGUCCAAAAUUUACAAUGUGGUUUCGGCUGAUGUUUUGCACACAUUCUAAAUGGGAGCCGCCAUAUUUUAUCAUUGUGCAACCCUAAUCUCAGAACCCGACUGCUAAUAUUAAAAUUUGUGAUUUUUUUUUUUUUUUUAAACCUACUUUCAUCUCUGUGUUACUGAAAAUGUAAAUCAUAUAUACAGUCGGACAUCAUUAUCUCCACUUUGACAUCCAAUAGCCAACGAUUAAUAAAUUGAUGUGCUCUAGUGGUAUUGUUGAACAAAACCAACUUUAUUUUUGUUAUUUCAACCUGUUAUCUCAUUAGCCGAGGAUGUCUUCAGAUUGAGAAAGGUUCCAUGGCAUAAUUUCAAUCAAAACCUUUUACAUGUACUAUACUGAUGGAAAGAAAUAAGGGAUUGCAAUAACAGUGACAGCAAAUAGUGACUGCAGUUAAAACCCUGUCUUUAGUAUCAGAAGUUGACCGCAUUACUGGCAGUCAAGUUCAACACUUCUGACAUUCAAUCCCAUAUCACAACUUAAAUACAGAUUUUAUUACCCUAGUAUAAAUUAAAUUUGGUCUACAGUUCCACGUUCCUUUAUUGGAAACACACAUACAUGCACACACAUAUAUGGCUUGUCUAGAUUAGCAACAGUUGGUGAUAAAUUGAAAAUUGAGUAGCAACUACUAUUUAAAAUUUGUUUGAAUUGUGUAGUGAUCUCUGAAAUUUGUUAGCAGAUUGUGACACGACACUGAAGAAAAUGUUCCCUGGAUUUCCACAUCCCACCCAUCCACAGACCGUAUGUACUUUAUGGAAGUCCCCAUAUAUAAUGAUGUUCCCACCUGCCACUUAAAAGUUCUUUCCAUUAACCUCAUUUUACAGCAGUUGUUUGAAGGGUGUUCUGAUCAUAAUAAAAAAAGCACGUUGUUUUGUAUGUUUUAAUGCAUCUGUUACGCCCCUAGUUCUCAGGCAAGAAAUAAAAUUCUUUACAAUCAUUUUAUAACUUUAUGGUCAGCACUUGUGAUCAUGUAAUAAUCUAUAUAUUGUCAUUUGUAUAUAGUUAAUGGUUUUAAUAUUAGACACUUCAACAGCCCAUGUACCCAUUUACACUGCAACAUCUUAAUACAUAUAAGAGUAUGAAUGAUGACCGGAUAUUUAUGAAAGGAGUGUCAAGCAUUUUAUUUCUUUCCGGUCAGCACUCCUGAUCAUGUAAUAAUUUUUAUAUUGUUGUGUGUUUAUAAUGGUUUUAAUAUUAGACGCUUGAACAGCCCAUAAUCACAUUUAUAGGGCAACAUCUAAAAUAUAUGAGCGAAAAUGGUGACCUGAAACGUAUGAAAAGAGUGUCAACCAAAUCAUAUUUCUUUCAUGAGAACCAAGAGCAUAUCAGAUUCUCAAAAGCACCUCAUCUCUUGGAGUGAAGCCUACUCUUUACAAUGAAACAAAUGCAUUCAUUGCUCAAAAUUAAAAAACCCAUCACUUUAAUACACGUUUGAUUCUUUAAAGUGUGUAUGUAACUCACCAAAUUAGCCAUGGUGGUGGCAUGCACAGUGGUUUAACUAUUAACUUAUUAUCCUCGUUCUCCAAGAACUGACAAUCGCUCACCCUAGGUAUUCACACCGUGCUUUGUUGUUGCCAGCCAGCAAGAGUUCAUAAAACAUAACAAAAGUAGUAAAAGUAUUUACUACGGACUGCAGAAUAGAGAUGUAUUAUCCCUUUAAUAUCAUUCAUGUCAUAAAAACAUGAAAGUUUUUCACUUCAUGUGAAGAUUAAGUACUAUUAUGUCAAAAACUCUUUAUUGAAAAAAAAUAAAAAUAAAAAAAUAAAUGUUUGUCCAGAUAAGAAUAGGUAGGUAGUUUGUAAAAAUUGAAGUAGCUGUACACACAAUACAGCAAGCAGGAACACACAGCUAAUGGAUGUGGGUGUGAAGGCAUGGUGUGUCCCUCUCCUUCCCCUGACCUUUUUUUUGUUGUUGUUAUUUAGGUGCAAUGAAACAUUUUAUGUGUUCCAGAAGUCGUCUGAAUAACACAAAAUAAUUUUCUUCUUUUUUGCUGCAUCAUGGAAGCAGGAUUUUCAAACCAACUACACAUUGUAUGCUGUCACAUCAAAUUUCUUUGGAUUUAUGAUAAAUAAUUGCAAACAUCACAUUGUAUCUGCUAAUAUUAUGCUGAAAGACUGUAAAUACAAGACGAGUGAUGAUGAUUGUAAACUGUAGAUAAUAAACAAUAAUUGUAUUGUAUGCACAUCCCUGCAUAGAUAAUGUUGAAAGUCAAACUUUUGGUGUAAAUACUUGUGUAAUGGUGAUGCCGAUGAUGAUGAUGGUGAUAAUUAUAUAACUUAUUUAAAUGCUUAUGUAGAUUUAGUGUAAUGUUUGAGCAUUCCGUCCCAAGCACACCACUUGGCUGCAUGCCUAAGACAAAAGUUGAUGGGUCAUUGUGAGACUAAGCUCAAAGUCUCCACAUAGACUGUCUGUACCAGAUGGCAGUGAACCGAUCUUGUAUAUAUAAAUGUAUACACACUUCUCCACAGACAUUACAGAUCAUACAACAUCCCAUGAUUUAUCAGGCAUGGAGAUCUCAUUGGAAAGGAGUUCAAGCAGCUUUUAUUAGAAUUAUCUUUCUGUAAUCACUAUAGUACAUACACUUGCAUCAAGUGCCUCUUCCUUUUGCUUCGUCCUAAGUUUACUGCCAUUUGUAACAUGUUGCUGAACUGAUAGAGCCGUUUUUAACAACCAAAACUACAUGUUCUUGUUUAGAAUAUCAGAGUUAAUGUUAAUGUUUUUCUGGUCAUCCUCAUGUUUGCAGUAGCUCAAAAUGGAGUUAGCAGUGAAGGUAUACUGACGUAAGUACAACUCGGCUAUGUAAAAUGGAGUUAGCAGUGAAGGUAUACUGCCGUAAGUACAACUCGGCUAUGUAAAAUGGAGUUAGCUGUGAAGGUAUACUGCCGUAAGUACAACUCGGCUGUGUAAAAUGGAGUUAGCUGUGAAGGUAUACUGCCGUAAGUACAACUCGGCUGUGUAAAAUGGAGUUAGCUGUGAAGGUAUACUGCCGUAAGUACAACUCUGCUAUGUAAAAUGGAGUUAGCUGUGAAGGUAUUCUGACAUAAGUACAACUCUGCUAUGUAAAAUGGAGUUAGCUGUGAAGGUAUACUGAAAUAAGUACAACUCGGCUAUGUAAAAUGGAGUUAGCUGUGAAGGUAUACUGACGUAAGUACAACUCUGCUAUGUAAAAUGGAGUUAGCAGUGAAGGUAUACUGACAUAAGUAUAACACGGCUAUGUAAAAUGGAGUUUCUGUCGAAACACAAUCUAUUUCCAUUAAACAGAAACUCGGAAGGAUGUCCUUUAUGUGAAGUACUAACCAUUAUGUUUUAGCAAGAUCGUGUUUUUUUCGAAAUGUCAUAAAUGAACAUAUCAUGUUUUGGAAAUGAAUUCUUUAUAUAUUGAGAAAUAAAAUUAAGUUCCUACAAAAAAGACACCAAAAAACCAAGACAAUCCAAAGCACAUUUAAUAUACAAACACUGAUAUUCUAAACGAACAAAUAUAUUUAAUGAGUAAUUCUUGAUCAAAAGAAUCUUUUAAUCGGAUGCUUGUAAAAUGGCAGCAAACUCAGGAUAGUCUCUUUAGUCCUUCAUUAAAAACAGUGUACUUUAUUGUCUUUGCUUUAUAUAAUGUAAUACAUGUACCACUAAGCACUUUUAACAAUUUCACAUAAACACACUGAUACAAAGUGGUUAUGUUACUUUAGAAAAAAAGAAAGAAAGUUGCUUUGACAUAUACUAAAAUAGGAAUUCUGAGAGGUGUUCAUAACAUAUAUAUAUAAUUGUGAAGCAUCGUUUGAAACCAUUGUGAAUAUUCACAUUUUGCUUCUUCAUUUUCAUUGCAUUGGUGUGAUGUUGUUAAAUGUUCUAAAAAUAACCAUUUUACAGAUCUUAUAAUACAUGUACCUCAGUUGUCAGUUUUAAUUAAACUACACUUAAAUAGCAUUUUUAUUUGUUUAAAGGUUUUAGAAAACUUUUUGUACAAUUUCAUUUGAAUUUGCCCAUCUCACUUCAGGCCAGUUAUUUUGCACCAGUUACUCAAUUUAUAAUCAAUACAUUAUAUUUUUGUUUAGAAUUAUUUUUAGCGCAAUCAUUUCUAGUAUUCAGCUUUGUAAAAAAAAUCUCUUUUUUUGUUUGUUUAGUGAUUUUAGCGGAAAUAGCAAUUUUACAACAAACUAAAAUAUUAACAAACAAAACAUUUUUUCUUAUAAAAUGUGAAUUAACAAAUUAUAAUUUUGUUUAAAAACGGUGAAAAUAAUAGACAUGCUGUGAUUAUUGUCCUAACAAAAACAUUUUAAAACUUUGUCCCAUGUACAUGUCAAACACCAUCCAAUGGCAUUUAUAUUUUAAAUGAUUAAUUAUUGCAAAAAUAAAUUUUAUAUUUUUGAAAUAC